CAGAGAUUCAAUUACCUGGGUCAUAAUCUAUCGAUGGCUGAGCUCAGCAUCUUAGUAACAUAAGCUAUAUUUACAUGGCCUGACCUAGGUAUUACCCCAGAGGUCCUGGACCCCAUCGGGCCCUGAUUGGUGUCAGAGGUAAACUCAUGGGACAAUUGAGGAGCGAAGUGUAGGGAAUAGAGAUGUUCGACUGCCAGUAUAGAAAAAUGAAGGAUUUAAAUAGAUGGGAUUCCCGCCAAGGGUUCUCAGGUUUAAGAAGCAUCACGAAAGGAUCAACUUCUAUCCCCUGCUGAUAACUGACUACCUACAUAUUGAGUUCUCAAAGCAGAAAUCUUCCUCGUAAAUAUGAAGACCACAACUGCUAUCAUCGCUACGCUGGUUUCAGCUGGCAAUGUCCAAGCUCACGUAGCCGCGUGGGUGAAGGGCAUGUACUGUCUUAACGGCACGACACCCGGACAAGAAGACCUGAACACCAACACCGCUGUCGACCCCUUAUACCAACUCCCCAAGAGCAAAUGGUGGAUGCAGGCGGAUCGCGGCUGCGACAAGUUCCCCCCGGCCGACGGCGACUCCCUCGCUCUUCCGGCCGGCGGAUCCUUCACCGUCGAGUUAGCUCACAACCGCGCUCAGACUACUCUCUCUUACGACGGAAAAUACACCUCGGAAUGGCCGGAUGGACAGCAGCACCCUGAGGAUUGGCACAGCCCGUUGCCUCCUAGCCCUGAUAAGUGUCUUGACGCUAACCCCGAUAAACUGGGUGGUGCCAUGCACACACACAACGAGACCGACUCCGCCGGUAGCGCUUUUGCUAUCUCGUAUAACUCCGAUAUCUCUAAGGUUACGAUGGAGAACCUGGCUGUUUUCACCGUCCUGCAGCAUACUCCCUGGAAACGUUUAGCGACUUACCAAGUUCCCAAGGACCUACCUCCGUGCCCCGAAGGUGGUUGCUACUGUGCAUGGCUCUGGGUACCUAACGGAUGUGGUCAACCCAACAUGUACAUGCAGAACCUGAGGUGCCAUGUAACCAACUCUCAAUCCACCAAGAAGGUUGCUGCUGCUAAGGCCCCGGUGUACUGCGACAGCGCCAGUGGUACACCAUGCGUUAAGGGUGCCAAGCAGAUGGUCGCUUGGAACCAGGCCGAUGGUAACAACGUCGUACCCCCCGCCGGAGUUUACCCAGGCUACAAUGAGAAGAUGGGCUGGUCAAACGGUGCCCAAGACGACAUUUUCGAGUAAUGCUCCUGACGGCCUUGUACAUAUGAACAACGGCCACUCUGGAUAUUCAUUUUAGUGAGAAUGGAUGGUUAUUCUUUCGUCUGUUCGCUCUAAAAAGAAUCCCUGAAGUCAAAGUUAGAGCUGCUCGUUGUCAUCAUGGGUACAGCUAGAUGAUUUCUAU